CAUUCGGGGGUAUGGAAAAUGAGGCUUUACUUGUGAGAUGUCCUAGACAAGAAAGUCCUCAACAAUCUGUGGAGUGGUAUUACCCAAACACCAACCGAAGUGUCACCACCCAGAAAGGAAAUCGUGUGUUUGCUGAAGGGGAAUAUCUUAAGCUUCUCCCAGCCAAAGUUGAGGAUUCUGGAGUUUACACUUGCAUUAUCAGAAGUUCUACCUCUGUUAAGACUGGACAUAUGAAUCUCACCAUAUUUAAGAAACAACCAGGUUGCAAAAUUCCAAAACGCCUGAUAUAUUCAACAGCCUUUGGUUCAGCAAAAAAUUCCCAAAUAUUUUGUCCUACCAUUCAGCGCUACAAUUGGACAGCACCUGUUGAGUGGUUUAAGAAUUGUAAAGUUCUUCAAGGAUCAAGGUACUACAUACAAGAGGCGUAUUUGCUGAUUGACAAUGCAACUAGCGAGGACACGGGUGAUUAUACAUGCAAAUUUAUGCACAAUGAAAAUGGAGUCAGUUACAAUGUGACAGCAACCAGAUCAUUCGCCUUUCAGAAUGAUGAAGGCAUUUCAUGGUUUCCAGAAAUAAUAGCACCUCCAAAAAAUGAGACCCGGGACGUGGAAGUCGGUAAGAAAACUCGGUAACUGUAGCCUGGAAACCCCC